AUGUAUCGGCGAGUGAGCUAUCAGGAUAUCGACGAGCCGAACGAGGGGCAGGACGACGACGGCGGCAGCGGCGGCGGUGGUCAGUACCACGACGAUGAGUGCUACGAUGUGUUGUGCGAUCUGACCGACUUUCGGGAUGCGAUAGAACCGCCCGUGCCACCCAAGGUCCACCGAUAUUGGGGCGAGUCUGCCACAAAGCGGUUCACAGCUAGCGAGCGUCAACGCCGGACGAAUUACCCUGCCCCACGGUACGACAGCUACCCGCGGAACGCGGAGUACGACGGCGACGGUGACGACGAGGACGACGAGGACGGCAACUACGACUACGGUGACGACAUGGACGAGCGGGAUAGCAUCUACCUAGAUGCGGUGUCGGUCACGUCGGACGGCACGCUCCGGAAGUCGCUCUAUCUGUCCCGCCAGACCGUCUACCAUUCGGCCGAGGACGUCCGGUUCGGCUCGGUCGACUCGGGCACCACCGAUCAACGCCUUCGAGGGCCUCCGCUGACGGACGGCGAAGAGCAGCGCAGCACCGGCAGCAUCCGCACAACCACCGAGGCGCUGCUGCAGGACUCGCGCGCCAACGGUGGCCUCGCCAACCUGCCGUACGUGGCCCGGCCUCCGGCGAACAACGGCGCCAAGGGUUUUAUCAGCGGCAUACUGAAACCGACCGUCCUCAGCACCGAGUACAAUGAAAAGACAUGGAAAUACUUUCAAGAUCAGAAGCGAAUCGUCGACUACGUGCUGGCAUUCAAUGGCGAGGAUGGGGAGGAGACGGAUCCGAUUGCCGUGGCGAAGCGCAGAAUAUUCCAGCGCAACUUGGAGGCGGAGGGGCUCGAGAUCGAGAUGGAAAACUGCCAGCGGAUCCAUUUCGUCAAGAUACACGUGCCGGCGAACGUCCUGUCGCACUACUGCGAGAUCAUGAAGAUGCAGAUGCCGAUGCGGAAGCUGGACAAUCAGGAGAAGAUACACGAGUUCAGCAUCCAGGGCACGCUGGUGCGGUGGUUCCGGCGGCCGCUGUUCAACUUCGUCAUCAUCGACCGGAAGAAGUUCGCCGAGCCGGAGUACCGGCUGCUGUACGAGUACUCGCGCGACAAGCCGUACCUAUUUAACGAUCACGAUCCGAAAUUCUUCACGCCAACCAUCCGGAUCGCGGUGGCGCACUUCAUCCUGGAGCGCACGUACUACAGCGAGAACGUGGACGAGAAGAAGGACAUCGGCAUCCGGCGGCUGGUGGAGGACAUGGUGUAUAUGGACGCGUACCCGCUGCACGACGGCUGCACGGACCAGAAGUCGAGCUGCCAGCGGGCGCUGCUCCUGGAGGAGUGGGCCUCGAUCAACAAGUGGAUCAAACAUCAGCCGCUCGAUCACAUCAAGGAGUAUUUCGGCGUGAAGAUAGCGAUGUACUUCGCCUGGCUCGGAUUCUACACGCACAUGCUCAUCCCGGCGUCGGUCGUCGGGCUGAUCUGCUUCUUCUACGGCCUGUUGACUUUCUCGGGCAACCAGAUGAGCAAGGAGAUCUGUAACGACAACACCACCUACAUGUGCCCGCAGUGCGACAAGUAUUGCGAUUUCUGGAGGCUGAACACGACAUGCGGCGUGUCGAAGCUGUCGCACAUCUUCGACAACGAGAUGACGAUCGUAUUCUCAAUCUUUAUGUCCGUAUGGGCCACGCUCUACCUCGAGAUGUGGAAGCGGUACUCGUCGCGCAUCCAGCACCGAUGGGGCAUCACCGAAUACUGCUCGCUGGCCGAGCCGCCGCGCCCACAGUAUCUUUCGCGGCUGAAAAACAUCAAGAAAACAAUGUUCAACAUUGCUACCGGCGCCCCGGAACCGUCGCCACCGUUCUGGACGAAGAAGUUUCCAAGCUUCCUGUACAGUUACUCUGUGAUUUUCCUAUUUAUUAUGCUUACUAUAAUGGCAGUGUUCGGUAUCGUAGUCUAUCGGAUGUCACUGAUGACAUCUAAAACUAUUUAUGGCGAGGGUUGGUCGGUUUCGGGCAAGCUAAUCAUCUUCCCGGCGAUUACGGCGGUCAUCAAUCUGCUCGCCUCGACCGUGCUGACCUACGUGUACCAGUACGUGGCCGUGUACAUGACCGACGUCGAGUAUAGGCGCACGCAGACCGAGUACAACGAGAGUCUCAACCUGAAGAUCUACCUCUUUGAGUUCGUGAACUACUACAGCUCGAUCUUUUACAUCGCGUUCAUAAAGGGCAAGUACCCCGGCUAUCCGGCGAAGUACAACCGCAUAAUGAAUCUGCGGCAGGAGGAGUGCAGCCCCGGCGGCUGCCUGAUGGAGCUCUGCAUUCAGCUGGCCAUCAUCAUGGUUGGCAAGCAGGCGAUCGGCGGCAUCACGGAGAUUCUGAUACCAUUCCUGGCGCAGAAGUUCAAGGAGUUCCGCAGCGUGCUGGGAAUCGAGGGAAGUGACAGCGAAAAUGGCGAGCGACUGAUUUGCUGCAAUCAGUGGACCAAAGACUUUAACCUGAUCAACUGGCACGACCGCAGCCUGUUUAACGAAUAUUUGAAAAUGGUUAUUCAGUAUGGUUUUAUCACGAUAUUUGUGGUGGCGUUCCCGUUGGCUCCGUUUUUCGCACUACUUAACAACGUGUUCGAAACCCGCCUCGAUGCGAAAAAGUUCCUGCUCUACUACAAACGCUCGGUGCCGCAGCGGGUCCGCGAUCUGGGCAUCUGGUACAACAUCAUGCACGUGGUUGGCAAGGUCGCCGUCAUUUCGAGUGCCUUUAUUAUAGCAUUUUCUUCCAACUUUAUUCCGCGGCUGUGGUACAUCAGAAGGUACGGCACGGACGUAGGCUUCGUGAACCACACGCUCGCUUCCUUUAAUGUAUCCGAUUUCGAGGAGAAAAGCGCGCCGGAGUGGAGUUCAGAUGAAUUCAAGAACGUAACCAUCUGCCGGUACACGGAGUAUCGCAACGCACACGACGAUAAGGAUCGGUACAAGCGACCGCUGCUCUACUGGGAGAUUCUAGCCUACCGGCUAACGUUCGUCGUGAUCUACCAGAACCUGGUCAGCCUGGUGCAGAUCGUCGUCGCGUGGGCGAUACCGGACGUGCCCGGCCGGCUGCAGGACCAGAUCAAGCGCGAGCAGUACCUCACGAACGAGUUUAUAAUCGAGCAGGAGAAGCUGAAGAUACAGCGCACCGCGGCAGCGGGCGGUGCCGCUAGCAGCUACACGCACAACGGGUAUCUGCCGUCGGAGGACAGCAGUCCGGAUGACGAGAGACUGAACUACGGUUCGAUCGCGGACGACACCGAGUACAUCGCGCCGCCACCAGAUGACCAUGGCGGGGAUGAAGAUGCCGACUCGUUUCAGGCGGUGCACAUCGUGACGUCGCGUGUGUAGGCCCCCAUCCCCCCCCGGUCGAUACCGCCGCCGUCGCCAUUGAGCAGUGGCUCAAAUUACGCUUACGACGCACAUCGCUGUUUGUUCGUGCAAAGCAAGCACGUACAUCCAGCAUCCAGAAACAAUGAAUCACUAAACUAAACUGUUACCUAAGACGUUUCCCUUAGGUACACGACACCGCUGUAUAUUCUUCUCAGCUGAAAACGCCUCACUCACCUCACGCACGUUCUUUACCUACGUGCAGCCUCUGAAAAUCGAUCGACGGAUGGAUUUGUCAUUGUAAUUGUUAAUUGUUUUUUUUUUAUCAGAUCUGC